UGUAAGUUAAAUUGAGUAGUAAUGUAAUAGUUAUGGUGAUGAAGUGUAAGUUUGUUGUGUGAGAGUGUCGUGUUGAGUGAUUUCUCGUUUGUGAGUGAAAUUGUAAAGAUUUGUUGUGAUUGAUGUGUUGAUGUGAUGUUAGAAUGAGUGAGACACACAUCAGGCAUGAGUGAUAGACUUUUGUCAGCAGUGAAGGGAAACAAAGUUGUUAAGGUGGGGAAGCUUUUGCAAGCAGGAGCCUCACCUGAUGCGUGUAAUGUUGAUGGAUAUCCUGUACUUGUGACAGCUUGUACUAAAGGCUACAUUUCCAUGGUACAAAAUUUGUUAGCGAAAGGAGCAAAUGUUAACAAAACUACUUCUUUUGGUGAGACUGCUUUAAUGUAUGCAGCAAUUCAUGGUUAUGAUUCACUAAUUGUUAUGUUAUUAUCAGCUAAUGCUGAUGGUAAUCUGAAGGAUAAGGAUGGAAGGACAGCAUUGCAUUAUGCUGCUGUCAACAAUGACUCCAAAGUUGUUCGUAUUCUGUUAGAGAAUGGAUGUGAUAUGAAUAUACAAAACAAUAGUGGACGAACUGCACUGCAAGUGGCCGAGAGAUACGAGAAGAAAGCUGCUGCAGAUGCAAUCAAGUCAUUUACUAUGAGUUCUCCAACUGCAUCUUCAGCAUCAGUUGUACCUAACACCAGUUGCACAAGCUCAAGAGCAACAGCAUCAAAUAUUCAUCUUUGUACACCAGUGACACAAAGAAUGAGGACCACUACUCCUACACGACAACCUCCAAGACAAGUGGCUGGAAAAGGAGAUGAACAGUUAGUAGAGCAGCUGAUGCAACAAAUAGAACAACUGAGAAAUGAAGGUUCAGAAAAAGAUAGAGAAAUUGCUGAAGUACAGACAACAUUGAGAGAUGAGAGACUGCAACGAGAGCGGGCAAUUGCCAAAGAGAGAAGAGAGAAAGGAGAACUCUUGCAAAGGUUCCAACAAGAACAAGAAGACAAACACAAUGUUCAGAAGGAUCUAGAUGAAGCUCGAACACAAAUCAAGCAACUAAGUGAAGAGAAAGCAAAUCUUCAGCAACUACUGAAUGAAAAGCAAAGAGAAAAGGCCACCAUUGAAGAGAUGCUGUCGGAUGCUGACGCAGUAAUUGAACGAUACAAGCAAAGGCAACGAAGUGAAGUUCUCAAUAUUCCUUCACAUGACAUUCAAUUGACUGGCACAGAACUAGGGCGUGGAUCAUAUGGAGUUGUUUGUGUUGGAUAUUGGCGUGACUGUCCUGUUGCUGUCAAACUGUUGUAUGAUCAUUUGACUGCUGUUCAACGCAACAUUCAACUUGUUCAACAAGAAGCAUCCGUAGCAUGGAAGAUACAUCAUCCAAACAUUGCUGCUGUUUGUGGUGUCACUCUGGAGUUAGAAGAGAAGAAGGCAUGGAUUAUCACGGAAUUACAUAGCGGCUCCAUGUCUGGUGUGAUUGAUGCAUGUCAAGGAGAUGUUGCACCUCUCACUUUACGAGAAAAAGUUAACAUGACACACGAUUCUUUGUGUGGACUAGAUCACAUUCACUCAAUGCAACCUAAGGAGAUUCUUCACGGUGACAUCUGUCCAAGGAACAUCCUGGUUACAGCAACGAUGAGAGCCAAACUGGGUGAUCUAGGAGCCGCUCGUUUUCAAGAUGCUUCACUUUCAGUCGGUCCGCUCAGUCCACAGUACACACCUCCUGAGAGAUUUGAUGUUCCAACUUUACCAAAAAGCAACAAGACGGACGUGUACAGUAUGGGAGUGACCAUAUGUGAGCUCUUCACUGCUCUCUUUCCAGAUCGUGAACAAAGGAUGGAUCAAGUCGUACUCAUCCGUGAGAUAAAUGUUCGGGCUCUAUGUAAGCACUUGAUGAGAGAUGAUCCUGCCACACGACCGACAGCAACAGAAGCCCGUCAUAUUAUCAGUCGUAUUCGUGAUACAGACGAGUAUAAAGCAUGUCCUCCUAAACGAAUGGUAAAGGGCAAGAUGGAUGGACUAGCUGAUGUCACUCUCGUUUAGUCCAUUUGGUGAAGUUUACAUUUGAUUGAACCAUGUGUUUGUUACUUGACACUAUUUAUAUGUUGUUACAAGGUAUUCAUUUUAAUUAACAAUUAGACAGUAUUGCGUUGCAUGUAUCUUAUAAACAAAUUUCAAAACGCAAGAAUCACAAACCAGA